AUGGUCACCCGAAAGCCUGUGCCGAGCUCGUUCUACGCGGGCGGCGGCACAUCGGACGGCCUGCCAGAAAAUCUGCGGCCGGCCGUCGGAAAGCCUGCUGGUGGCGCGGACGGCGAGCGGAGCGCAUCGCCAAUCGCCUUCUCGGGCUUUGAGGAGGAGGAAGAAAACGCCUGGCGGCAGCAGCAGCCAGCCAGAGCGAUGGGGCAACAACAGCAGCUGCAGCAGCAGCAUAACGAUAUGGCAUCGUCUGCCGUAGCAGGCGUGCCUGUAGUAUUGCCCCCCGACGGCGAUGCCGGCGUCCUGAUCGAGACGAACCCGUUCAAGAAGAAGCUGCUGGCACCGGUGCCGGGCACGAAUCCAUGGCAGCCCGAAGAAGAUGAGCGCAACUGCAGCCUUGGAACGCUCAACGUGGAGGCUCCGCAGAUCGUGCUCUCGGAUGACACGGCAGCCGGUGGCGUGAGCGGCGUCUGGGGAUCGGUUCCUAGCGCGUCCGGACAGCCGCCAGGCAAGCCGUCGCUGGGGCCCAAGGCAGCGCGGCCCGAGUCGAACCUGCUCAUAUUCGAGCCUGGCGAGGAAACGGAGCGCGCGGCGUGGGACGAGGUGGCCUCGGUGGCUUCGACGGCCCUUCCGCCAGAGCGGGCACCACCAUUGCGUCCGACCAGCGCGCUUGGCGGCAAGGCCGGCGAAGAGAGCGAGGAGGCAUACGAGAGCCGUCAUGCGUGGGACGACGUGGGCGGUAGCAAGCAGGCGACGACAGCCGUGGCUGUAGCGAGUCCUCUCGCGGGGGCAGAGGAGGCUGCCGGAGAGGGCUGGAGCAUGGUGGACGACCAGGUCGGACCAGGGCAGCUUUCGAGGCAGAGCACAUGGGAGAACUUUACGGACGACGAAGAGGGGGGAAACGAGAGCAGGAAGGGAAAGGUGGUGGACACGACAGAAACAUCGACAGCUGUAACAGUAGCAACAGCAACAGCAGCAACAGCAGGGCAGCCGGAACUCAGCAUCACGCCAGCGGAGGUGGUCAAGAAAGUACACGUGCAAGGUCCGGUCAGAAGCCUGCUGGACAUUGACGACUCAGGGCCACCACCACCACCGCCACGACCAGCAGAAGGUGACAAGACAGAGACGUACCAGAUCAAAAAGGUACGGUGGCACGACGCUCAGGCGAGCAAGAAUCCGCGAGUGUCGCCGAUCCUGGUUCAGAAUCGGAAUGGACCGUGUCCGCUGGUGGCGCUGGUGAACGCGCUGACGCUGACGACGCCGGCAGACGUGCAGACGGCACUGGUGGAAACGCUGCGGUCACGCGAGCAGGUCAGCCUGGGGCUGCUGCUAGACGCAGUGUUUGACGAGCUCAUGUUUGCGCGACGGGGCUCGGCGACGGGCUCGCUGCCGGACGUGGACGAGCUGUACGGAUUUCUAAAGGGACUACACACAGGCAUGAACGUGAACCCGCGCUUCAUCCCGACAGCAGAGGCAACGGCGGCCUUCCGACGCACAUCGCCCGAUCACGUGACUCCGACCGGACGCAGCGAGCGGCCGAUGCCGGGCACGUUUGAGGAGACGCGCGAGAUGCAGCUGUACGCGACGUUUGGGAUCACGCUAGUGCACGGCUGGCUGCCCUCGCACGACGAGCCGGUGUACGGAGCGAUGGAGCGCCACGCGGCUUCGUACGACAGCGCGCAGAACCUGCUGUUCCGCGAGGAGGAGCUGGACCAGAAGCUGAGCAGCGCGACGGGCGACGGACUGACGGACGACGAGCAGGCGCUCUACCAGGACAUCCUUCACCUCAAAGCCUUCUUCCGCUCGUCGGCCACGCAGCUGACGGCCUCGGGGCUCGAGGUGCUGGCCGCGUCGAUGCAGCCGGGUGCCAUCGCCAUCCUCUUCCGCAAUGACCAUUUCUCGACCCUGUACCGACACCCGCAGACGAUGCAGCUGCUGUCGCUCGUGACCGACGCCGGCUAUGCCGGCCACGACGAGAUCGUCUGGGAAACCCUGGUCGAUGUGAACGGCGAGCGUGCCGAGUUCUAUUCGGGCGACUUCCGGCUGGUCGGCGGGGCCAGCCAGCAGGGGAUGGAAGUGGGAGCCGGAGCCGGAGCCGGAGCCGGAGCCGGAGCUGGAGCUGGAGCCGGAGCUGGAUUGGCCACGAUGGUGUCGCCAGACAGACAGAGCAGCCAGGACCGGUCGAGCGGACAGAACGACGACAGCCACCAAGGGCUGCCUGCCAUUGCCAUCUCCAAGCACGAGCAGGAGGACCGGGACCUCGCCUUUGCCCUGCAGCUGCAAGAAGAAGAAGAGGAGCGCGAACGGGCCGAAACAGAGCGCCGCAAGCGUGAGAGCCAGCUGUCGGAGCAGUUUAUCGAGCAGCAGGGAAAGACCGUAUCUGGCAGCCCUGGAUCUGGAUCUGGUCCCAGUCGCAGCCGGCCGACCGCCAGCAACGCAGCCGGCGGCGGUCUCUACAGCAGCGCGCAACAGCAGUCGGUGGCCGUCUCGCCGCGACGAAGCUCGGCUGCCGUCAGCAACAACAGCAACAACAGCAGCAGCAGUGUCGCCAUGAGGGAACGCGAUCGCGAAUGUGUCGUCAUGUAG